AUGGUGGAAAGGAGGAGUUGUAAAAUUGUAGACUCGAAGAAUUUGCAUUCUGGAUAUUAUGAACAACACAAUGUUAAGAAAAAUAGAAAUUUCGUUACUGUAAGUUGUGGGAAAAAGAGUUCACAUCAAAAUUAUCACAAGUUGGAAGAAGACAAUGCAUUUUUCAAAAUAACCAAAUUUUUUAUUUAUUGUCAUACUUUCAACAAACGCAACAAGGAAGAUGAACUAAUGAAGCUAAUGUAUUUUUCACCUAACAGUAGAUCAUUAGCAGGACCAGAUUCUCUUUGUGAAGGAAGUACAGAUUCUCUUUGUGAAGGAAGUACAGACUCUCUUUGUGAAGGAAGUACAGACUCUAUUUGUGAUGGAAGUGCAGAUUCGAUUUGCGAUGGAAAUGCAGGCUCUAUUUGUGAUGGAAGUGCAGACUCGCUUUGUGAUGGAAGUGCAGACUCGAUUUGUGAAGGAAGUGCCGAUUCGCCCUGGUAUGGAAGCACGGAUUCGUUGUUUGAUGGAAGUGCAGACUCGAUUUGUGAAGGAAGUGCCGAUUCGCCCUGGUAUGGAAGCACGGAUUCGUUGUUUGAUGGAAGUGCAGACUCGAUUUGUGAAGGAAGUACAGACUCGAUUUGUGAAGGAAGUGCAGACUCGAUUUGUGAAGGAAGUACAGACUCGAUUUGUGAAGGAAGUACAGACUCUAUUUGUGAUGGAAGUACAAACUCUCUUUGUGAUGGAAGUGCAGACUCUAUUUGUGAUGGAAGUGCAGACUCGAUUUGUGAUGGAAGUGCAGACUCGAUUUGUGAAGGAAGUGCCGAUUCGCCCUGGUAUGGAAGCACGGAUUCAUUGUUUGAUGGAAGUGGAAAGUGGAUGAAGCAAGAAGUAAAGAGAACAAACCCCAAUUUGGAACUAUAUUACAAAAUAGCUAAUUCCAAUAUAUUUAGGAAAUUAUUCAAUUGUGGAGUUCGAAAGAUAAAAAAAAAUAAAAGUUGUAGGAAGAUUAUACGUGUAGCUAAGAAAAUCUGGAAUGAUGAAAGGAUGAAACGAAUAAAAUUUAUUUUGCCAUUUUUGCCUAUCAUUAGUAUGAUAAUAGCAGCUCUUGCUGCAUUGUUAUUAGGGUAUAAUGUGAUUGCUAUUUUGAUAGCUAUUUUUGCCCCAUAUGCAUAUCCAUUUAUUUUUAUAUCAUUAAGAUUGGAUAAAAUAAAAAAUAAAUCAAUCAAAUAA